UUCAGGUAGUGGAACCAAUCCUUGGCCCGAUGAAAAUGCCCUUCGUCACUACGCUGGUCAAUGGCUUCAAACUGGUCAUCCAGCUCUCUGGUUAGGACAAGCACCAUUUGGAUUCCCUCAGAGUCUACCGACUUCAGUGGCACUGGAUCCAAACAAUUUACCGCUGUCACCACCUGCUGGUUUCAAGUUGGCACAUGAUUCUUUGAGUGGGCACUUUUUCCUGCUACCAAACAUGGUUGAUCCGAACCGUAUGUGGCUAGCUGGAGCACCACAGCACGGACAUGCCGCAGCAGCAGCUGCUGCAGCUGCAGCCUACCAGCACCUGAUGGCAGCACCAGGCCAAUCACCACAACAGGCAGCAGCAGCAGCGGCAGCAGCCCUUCAACAGCAGCAGCAACAACAAGUCACAGCUCAAGGCCCUGACGGUCACGCCCCACAGGGAUUAGAUUUCUCACUUGCGUUACAGCAAUAUCAACAAUUUGAAGAGCAACAGAAUGCAGCACUGCAACAACAACAACAAUCAGUGUUGCAACAACAACAGCAACACCAACAACAGCAGCAACAACAGCAGCAGGAUGUUUCUGGUGGUGAUGAACGUGAAGUAUCAUGUUAUGCAGAGAAUGUACAAGAGAUCCUGUCAGGAGAGCAGAAAACACCGUCUCCAACUGCGUCUCCUACAUUAGCAGUGAACCAGAAUGCAACAACCCUUGGUAAAGACAAGGGUUCCAUUCUUGUCUCACCUCAUCACCCUUACAUUCCAGAUUUGGCAGUUGCUGCUGGCCAACCCUACGCCUUUUCCUACUCCACUGCUCAUUUGCCGUUUAUUUACAACCCUGCUCUUCUGCCAGGGUCCCUGGCUCCGAUGGCUCUUUCUGAAGCACAGCCGCUACCCCAAAAGCCGGAAGGUACCAUGCAGUCUCGUGGUACUUCCCCGAUGACUGUCGUUGCUUCAACUCCUUCCCCAGUGCCAGAAGAUUCCACAGCGAGCCCACUGGACGGCCAGAACAAUGAAGAGGAAGACGAGAGCACAUGCGGUGCUAGUGCUGAUGGCCACAAAGUGUUGGUCAGUGCUGAAGUUUCUGUACAGACCGGUGAAAGUGAAGAGGAGAGCGUACCAAGUGAAGACAGCUUGAUACAUGAACCACAACAACAGCAACAACAGACAACAAAGACUGAAGAGAUAGAAGAUGAAAGACAUGAAGUAGUAGAAGAGGAAGAAGAUGAAGAGGAGGAGGUGGAGGAAGAAGAAGAUGAGGAAGGUGAAGAGGAUGAUGAUGAGGAGGAGGAGGUUGAAAGCAUCGUGAUACGAGAAGGUUCGACUCAGCUGGAAAACAACUCUGGGAACCAGAACCAGCAGAGUGGGACCAGCAGCACCACGAAAGAAGAAAUAAUUGACGGAGAAGAGGAAAUUGAAGAAGAAGAAGAAGAAGUAGUAGAUGAUGAGGAGGAAGAGGAAGAUGAGGACGAUGAUGAUGAGGAAGAUGAGGUGGAAGAGGAAGCGGAAGAGGGUGAAGAAGAGGAAAUCGGAGAAGGCAAAGCUGAAGAAUUGCAACAAGAAGAGAGGAGAGACGAGAGACAGAAGAAGAUAGUUUUGUCCGAUUACCAGAAGCAGCACCAUCAUCAUCACCAUCAUCGUCAUCGUCAUCAUCAUCAUCGUCAUCGUCAUAAUCAAAGCAGCAAACAUUCAGAGCAGACUGGUCUCAGUAGUAAUAGUAGUAGUAGUAGUAGUGGUAGUAACAUGUGUAGUAGUAUUUCUCAUUGCAACAGAAACAACAACAGUUGCAUGGUUGAAGAACAAAGAGUUAAAGAGACCUUACAAGUGGAAGAUGAAGAAGUUGGCGAAGAAGAGGAAGAGGAGGAAGAAGAAGAAGAAAUUGAAGAUGAAGAUGGUAUUGAAGAGGGUGAGGAAGAAGAGGAUGGUGAAGAAGACGACGAUGAAGAGGAAUUAGAAGAUGAAGAAGAUGGUGAAUACAGUUUAGGUGAUGAGGUAUUGGUGAAGAAUUUGCGGAAAGAUAGCAGUAAAAGACAACUUCAAGAAAGACAACAACUACAACACCAACAUCAUCACCAUCAUCAACUACAACAACAACAACAACAACAACAGCAACAGUUACUUCAACAACAACAGCAACGACAGUGCUUGAUUGAAGAUGACGAUGAAGAAGAUGAAGAAGAGAAUGAGGUUGAUGAUGAAGAUGAUGACGACAACGAUGAUGACGAUGAUGAUGAUGAAGACGAAUACGAUGAGGAAGAACUCUUAGACAAAGACAACCAAUCUUUGGAAGAUUCUUGCCAUGUUGCCACCUCCAUGUUACAUUUAGCUGAUGAAACCGAUUCUACUUCUGAUGAGAAAGUAGCAGACAUAGAGAACGAUAUAGAUAUCAAAGAACUUGCUAUGGCUGUGAUGAGUAUGAAGAGCGAAACGGUGAAGAGUGAAAAACUUCUCUGUGACACUCCCAUGUCUUUGAGUAACAUGACAUGUCCAAGUUUUAGCAGCCUUGCCCACAGUAACCAGACGAUGAGCCAUCAAUAUGGCUCUCAUACUCUGAAUAGUCAUACAAUAAACCAUCCAUAUGGUAGUUCUCAUUCAAAGAAUAACAGCAAUAAUUAUAAUGGUCUUGGUGCCAAUAAUGGCAACCUUGGUUCCAAUUCAGAAAAUGUUUUCAGCAGAACAUAUCCAGAUCCUAGAAACGGCUUGGAAUUGCUUAGCACAGUGGCUGAACAGCUUGGUGAUGUUCAUCCACCUACGACAACUUCAGCUAAUGCAGCCACCAGCUUAAAGACAGUAUCGAGUCCUGGAAGUGCUGAAAGUGCAAGCUGUACCAACAACAACAACAGCUCUAGUAACACAGCUAGCAGCAGUAACAGUAGUAGUAGUGGUGGUGGUAAUAGCAAUGGUAGUAGUAGCAGCAGUAGUAGUAUGAUAAAUAGCACUUGUAACAGUAACAACAGCGUUGGCCAUAACAACUACAGUCAUACUUAUUGUCAUAGUAACCAUAGCAACCAUAAUGUCAAUGUUAGUCAAGGUGAUUGCUCCAUCUUGGGCAAAGCAAACGAAUCGGCAGCGAGCAAGGCGUACAACGCCCUUGCCAAGACAUUCGAUGCUUCGGCCCUGUUGAAGAGCAGCGAAAUGACCACUCGGAGCGGUUGUGACAUUACCAACAGAGGUAACGACACAAUACCAAAGAUUGUACGCAGCAAGGACUUCAACUCCAGGCACAAGUACUUCAGCAAAGAAUUGGUCAACCCACAUAUGAACAUUGGUGGAUUAAAUAUACCUCAAGGUCUUGAAAGCAUGGAUGCCAUAGAGCUUGAGAUGAGGAUGCGACUUGCCGAACUACAGCGACGUUACAAGGAGAAGCAAAAGGAAUUGAACCGGUUACAGUUGAAGAAAGAUCGAGAAGAGGAUGUUCAAAGCAAAAGAGGUCCUGGAAGACCAAGGAAACGCAAGUUACCUCGUGAAGGACCGUCUUUGAGUAUCAAGCAUGGUGGUGGGACAUCACCGAAACCUGCAGGUAAAGAUUCCUCUUCGAAGCGAAAGAAACUUGCAGAAAAACUUGUUGAUAAAGUUUUCAGACAAUCUUCACAAAUGCCAUCAUCCAAGAGGAAUCGUAACAAUAAAGCUUUGAUUGCUCCUGGAAAAAUGUCUACGGUUCUUGUGAAGAAAAACAUGGCACCAUCUACCACUAGGUCAGGUGCAGAUAUAAUUCAACCAGCAACUGGAAACAUUGGUGGUCGUGGUAUACAGCCUUUAAAACCAGCUCGGAAACUGGGACAGAUGCCUUCAACAGAAUCUCCAAUUUCUAGAGUGGAUGCUUGGUCUUUCAACGAUGACUCACAAAGUCUUACAUCCCUCAGGAAAAAAGCCCCUAAAUUGCCAGCUAAAAACCAGAAAGGAUUCAUUUGUGCAGACAAAGUUCGACCGAUGGGUACUGGUCUUAUGGCUGCUUACUCCUCUUUAACCACUGAAGAUAAUAAUAAUAAUAAUAAUAAUAACUCAGACUUGAAUCGAGCCAAAAAGAAGAAACGUAAAUCUGAAGAAGGAAUUUCAAUUAAGACAUCGCCAAAUUCUGUUUUAGGCAGCUACGAUACAAAGGACUCUGAUGGUGAAAGCUGUGAUACUUCUGGACAAGGAAAUAAGAAACGAAAGCCUGGAAGACCAAAACGAUGCCAUCAAAAUAAAACAUUUGGAGUCACGGAAACCAUUGUAGCACGAAAGACUAAACAUUUGAGUUUUGCACAGUUAAAGGAGGCUGACCAACAGCAACAGAAACAAAAGAAUGCCCUGAACUCGUCUCUUCACAAGACAAACACAACACCGAACGAAGACAAAUUCAAAUUUAAAAACGAUGUGCGUUUAAAGCCAUUUUACAUAGAAGAAGACUGGUGCAGUCGCCGUCGCAGUGAGCGCAUCUUUUUGAAUGACUCCAGCCCACAGCCGUCGCCCAAUAACAUCCGGGGUUCUGCACAGAACUGUACUUCCAUGCAAAAUUCCUUGUCCACCAGCAGCAGCAGCUCAAGUGCAAAUAAUGUCAAUUUGGGCAAGUCGAGCACUCGGAACAAUCGAUCGAGUGGUGCUGCUGGUAAGAAUAAUGCCAGCACACCUGGUACCUCUGUUACUGUUGCUGCUAGCAUUGGCACCGGCACCAGUAGAACAGCUAGCAAUGCUGGCAGUUUGAGUUCAGUCCCUAAUGUCACCAGUGCACAGGGCUCAGGCCAACCAAAGGUGAAGAGCGUGCGUAAACUUUCGGAAAAAGUGAAAGAGAAAUACAACAAAGCUGCUCGUAAAAACGUACCAGCUGCAAUGGAGUGCAACGUGACAACAGCUGGUGCCAACAGCAUGUCUGUCAACAGCAGCACUAUCACCACUAUGAGUGUUACCACCUCUAACACCAAGAACAACAGCAGCAACAACAACAACCACAGCAGCUCAACUGCAACAUCGUCUUCUUCAAGUUCUACCAAAACGGUAGCUAUUUCUUCGUCAGCUUCCAAUUCUACAGCAACAUCCAUUUCGUACCACACUUGUCGUUCAGCCUCGGCAUUCUCAGCUUUUGAAAACUCUAAACUACGUUUGCCAUCUUUCCGACAAGAGUCGAGUGAAAAUGAAGGAGAGGCUAGCGAUUUCAGUAGUAGUGAUGGAGACAACAUACCUCUUAGUGCUCUCAGAGAAAGAACAGCGACCCCUGAACCACGAUGCUGUACUAUCGAGAAAGAAGACUUGAAGGAUGGCUUACGUGUCCUCUUGUUCAGAGAUGGACUGUUUUAUGAAGGAGAAGUAAAAGCUAUCAGACCUCCUGAUGUAUAUGGUGUGGUGAUUGACAACGAACGAGGAAACAGGCCACAUAUCUAUUCUCAGGAAGAAAUACUUAAAGAUGCUGUCCUGGAUGUUACACCAGGCUCACCCAAAUAUUUACCCGAAGGUACCCGAAUGUGUGCCUACUGGAGUCAACAAUAUAGUUGUUUGUACCCAGGCACUAUAUCUAAAUCAAGUCCAAACCCUCAUGCAGAUAAGUCAUCUGUGAGUGUUGAAUUCGAUGAUGGGGAUACUGGCCGCAUACCAAUUGACCAUAUAAGGAUGUUACCCCAAGACUUCCCCAUUGCAUCUUAUGACCAAAACCCCAUUUUGCUGAUGGGUAAACGACGGCGGAAGACCAUAACUGAAGAUGUGGACAGUAGGAAGUCAUCAGCUUCUGACACAAUCACAGGUGGUAGUUCUUCAGACAGUAAACGUGCAUCAAAGUCGAAAUCUUCAUCGUCCAAUGCGAAAUCCACAUCGUCCUCUUCGAAAUCGCAGAUCAGGAAACAGCAAAAGCAACAGAAAAAACAGCAACACAAACAACAAAAGCAACAAUCUCAGCUUCAUUCCCCUCCUCCCCCGACUUCUACCACCCCUACAUCAACUGCUUCUGGUUCUACGGCUCCAACGCCGCCAGCACCGACGCCACCUGCUGCAGUCCCUCAGGUGUUCAAAUUUGAUUCCCUUGUGAAAACCCAGCACAAAUCCAAUGCGGAUGUGAAGGCUAGAGGUUUCAAAGUACUGUCAACGGCAACAUCUUCAUCGUCUUCCUCUUCAUCCUCAUUGUCAUCGUCAUCAGCAUCAUCAUCAUCAUCGUCAUCUUCAUUAUCAUUGAUGCCCUCAACAUCGAUGGGGUCGUCCAGUUCAUCUGGGUUAGCUACUCAGGCUGUCGUUUCAAAUAACACUACCACGUGCCACAAAUCAGCUGCUGCCACCGCCACCAGCAGCGGUGCGGGCAAUUCUUCCACGUCCACAUCUGCUGCUGCUGCUUCUACAGCAACAACUUUAUUCAAGGAUGCACUUCAUUCGAAAUACGCCACCAAUGCCAAUUCUACAGAGGUUGCACUCCAACGAAAACACAAAGGUCGUAAGGAACUGAUGCCAGCACACUCUGUUCACCAUCGUUUGCACUCACACAAGAGCUCACAGCAGAAGGACAAAAUGAAAAAAGAAAAAAAAUCCACGGCGUCAGUGUCGAAAGCAAAUCGUUCUGGGCGUGAUAUGUCUUUGUCUUCAAACUGUGGUGAGAGCUUCUUAUUCAAUCAUAAAUGCGAAAAAAAAACGGUUUUGCCAAAUUCUUCUAAAAUAGUACCGAAAACUCCUAAUUCUUCAUUUUCAAUUAUCCGAGCCGCUUCAUUUGAUUACAAAACUAAUGAGAGUGCCAAGUCUCUCAGUCAUUCGCCUCCCGUUCCUUCUUCACUUUCCAAUGCUGCAACUAAUUCUUCAAAGUCUCCAUCUUCUUUGAGUUCUCCAUCUUCUUCCUCUUCCCCUACCGCCACCCCAACUUCUACUGCCACUUUGUCUACUGCUACUUCUAAUACAAUUACCUCUUCUUCUUCUUCCUCGUCAUCCUCUACCCCCACUCCCACACCUCCUCCUUCAUUUUCUUCUUCUUUUCCUGCAAGUUCUUUAACAUCUUCAAAUUCCACUUGCGCCAAUACUCCUUCCGUUUCGGCCAGUGAUCGUAGCAUGGCCAGCAACGACAGUCCGUUCUGUCCCUCAUUGCAACCAGAUCUUAGUAGGCAUCCUUCAUCGAGCGACACUGACAGGUUUUGCUCUGUGCUAAAGCGAAAAGUUACUGAGAAAAAUCUUGCAAAGGUUCAAAAGCCAGUUUCAAAGAAUUUGAAACAUAACAGCAGCAAGAAGAAGGCAUCAGAAAGAACAAUGUCGUCAGAAAACAAAAGUAAAAUUGCAGGUACAUUUUUGAUUUAUCACUAAACCUCGCUAAACUGAGUGCAUCUCCAUGUAUGCAUAUGUGUGAGUGUGUGAAUUCAUAUACGUACCUUACACAAGCACAUCUGUACUAACACACAGGAAAACAUACAUACAUGCAUAAAUACAUAGAAACACACACAUGCAGAUAUACAUAUAUAAGCACAUCUAUGUUCACAUACACACAGAGCAAUGGCAAUACACAUACACAAUCAGACAGGAAUACAGACACACACACACAUGCUGAGGAGUUCGUACAUAUAUACAUAUAUAUAUUCAUGUGUGUGCAUGUAUGUAUGCAUCUAA